UAUGAACUCUCACUCUACAAGCUAUAUAGAACUUAAUCUCAAAUAACUUGUCACUUCAAAAACAGAGCAAUCAUCAUCAGGAUACAACUUAAUUAUAUAUAUAUUGACAUAGAAAAGAAAGAAGAUAAAAAUAGAAUAUGGAAUUUUGGAAGCUUUUUGUUGUUGCAUUAAUGCCAGUUCUUAAGGUACUAUUGAUCACUGCUCUUGGUACAUUCCUUUCACUUGAUCGUUUUGACAUACUCAAGGAGACUGCAAGCAAAAACUUGAAUACUAUUGUAUUUUUUGUGUUCUCUCCUGCUCUUGUUUGUAGCAGCCUAGCUGAAACAAUAACUUCAAGGAGUAUAAUUACGUUGUGGUUCAUGCCAUUGAAUGUUCUUCUCACAUUUAUAAUUGGGGCAGCUCUUGGAUGGUUGCUUGUUAAAUUGAUUAAAGUUCCUUAUCAUCUUCAAGGCCUUGCAUUGGGUUGUUGUGCUGCAGGAAAUCUUGGAAAUUUGCCUCUAAUUAUUGUCCCAGCUGUAUGUAAACAAAAAGGCAACCCUUUUGGAGAUUUGGAUAUUUGUCAUAGAAAUGGAUUAGCUUAUGCUUCUCUAUCCAUGGCGAUAGCAUCCAUUUACAUUUGGUCCAUUGUGUACAACAUUGUCCGAAUAUAUUCAAACAAGAUUUCCAAUGAAGUUAAAGUUGAUGAUUCCACAAAUAUUACUCCAGUUUGUGCAUUAGAAAAUGGACAAGAAAACAUUUCAACAUGUUAUGUUGGACCAUCAGUGUCCAAUGAUAAAUCACAUGCAGAUCAUGUGAAGCAAUUUGGAAUUGAAUGUACAAUUCCUAAUGGAAGAGGAAAGGUACCAAAAAAGGAAAGGAUUGUGAAACAGCUAAAAGUAUUAGCUGAAAAGAUCAACUUAAAAGUACUAUUUGCACCCUCCACGAUUGGAGCGAUUGUUGGUCUAAUAAUUGGUGUAGUCCCAAUAUUUAGAAAACUCUUGAUUGUAGACAAUGCUGUUCUUGGUGUUCUCCAGGACUCUAUAGUCAUGGUGGGGGAUGCAGGCAUUCCAGCAAUGACCUUGUUGGUUGGGGCAAAUCUUUUAAAGGGUUUAAAAGGAUUAGGAAAGCAAUUUCCACUUAUUGUUGGCAUUAUUGUGGUUAGAUUUAUAUUAUUGCCAGUAAUAGGUAUUGGAAUUGUUAAAGGUGCUAUUCAUAUUGGCUUGAUCCAUCCUGAUCCAUUGUAUCAAUUUCUUUUAUUGCUUCAAUUUGCCCUUCCACCUGCAGUUGCCAUGAGUACAAUUACUCAAUUAUUUGGAGCUAGUGAGGGUGAAUGCUCAGUUAUCAUGUUGGCAACUUAUUCUUGUGCUGCAUUUUCACUUACACUUUGGAGCACAUUUUUUAUGUGGCUCGUACUAUAGUUAUUUGAUAUUGCAAGAUCCAUUUUCAUGCUUCUUCAUGAAUGAUAUACAUAGUAUACCUAAAUUGGGAGUGAUUUUAGGUAAGUAUUGUUAUAAAGAAAAAGUAACCAAAACAUAUACAUAUUUGUAAAGAGUGCAGUAAGCAUGUGCUCUAUCUUUCCAUAUAAUGAAUUUAAUUUAUAUACAUUAUCA